AUGGAAGAGAGACUGCGCAGCGAAAUAGCAGAUGCCAUAGUGGAAUGCACAGGAUUUGACAGGGAGGCAGUUAAGAAGGCAAUAAUGAGAAGCAAGAGCGUCAGAAAUGGCGACUUUAUGGUGCCAUUCUCGCAGCUGACAAGAGAUGAAAGCGUUAUAGAUAAAGUAAUGGAGAGCAUUAACAGGAGCCCGUCUUCUUCUGUUAAGAAAGCAGAGAUGAACAAGCAGGUGCUAUUUGUGUUUGUAGAUGUAAAGAAAGUGGCUAAAGAGCUGGUCAAGGACAUACUAAGCAGCAAAGAAGCAUACGGGUCUUCCGAGGAAGGAAAAGGAAAGACAGUUGCAAUUGACUUCAGCUCUCCCAAUGUUGCCAAAGUCUUCCAUGCGGGCCAUCUAAGAACUACGAUCAUAGGAAACUACAUACAGAACAUAUACAAGAAACUGGGGUACAAAACAGUGGCUAUUAACUACCUGGGAGACUGGGGGAAACAGUUUGGGUUCCUGGCCAUCGGGUACCAGAAGUACGCAGACCCAGAGGAAAUGAAAAAUGAUCCCAUCCGGCAUCUGAACAGCCUGUAUGUAAGGGUGAACCAAGAAGCAGAAAACGACGAAAGCGUGCACGAUGCAGCCAGAGACUUCUUUAAGAGAAUGGAGGAAGGAGACAAAGAAGCAUUGGACAUAUGGCGCAUCUUCAGAGAGAUAAGCAUUACCAAGUACAAGGAGAUGUAUGCAUCAAUGAACAUCCACUUUGAUGAAUAUUCAGGCGAAAGCUUCUACGGAGGACAGGCUGCCCUGGAUAACAUCCUGAGCAAGCCGUACCUACAGGACAGCGAAGACGGAUCAAAGAUAGCUGAUCUCGGAGCCCUGGGGAAUGUCAUUCUCAUCAAGCGAGAUAAAUCUACCAUCUAUAUAUCACGAGACAUACUGGCAGCUGAAGACCGCAUUAGGAAAUACUCUCCGCAUAAGCUCAUCUACGUGGUGGCCAGCCAGCAAGACCUGCACUUCAAACAGCUGUUUAAGCUGAUGGAAAAAGACGGGUACGAUCCCUCCCUCUUUCUGCACAUAAACUUUGGAAUGGUCAAGGGGAUGUCGACUCGAAGAGGAACUGUCACGUAUCUCUCUGAUAUCAUCGAUGAAGCACAGGAUGCAGUCCUUGAAAAGAUGAAAGACAGCCAAAAGAACGAUCAGAUCGCUGACAAAGAGAACACAUCGAGGAUACUUGCACUCUCUGCGAUUCUCAUCCAGGACUUCAAGGCCAAGCGCAUAAAGGACUAUGAGUUCGAUAUGAAAAAAAACACUUCGUUCAUUGGAGACACAGGGCCGUACAUCCAGUACACUUUGUGCAGGCUGUCGAGCAUAGGCAGAAAUGCCGUGCAUCCCAUUGGUGACGUGGAAGGCCUAGACUUCAGUCAGCUCGGGCACGAAAAGUGCUACGAGCUGCUCUUCUCUCUGGGCAGGUAUCCAGCUGUGCUCAGCGAAAGCAUCAGAGGCCACGAGCCAUCGGUCAUUGUUACGUACGUCCUUCAGAUGUGCCAGCUCGUGAACUCUAUAUUCAGGGUUGUGUGGGUGGCUAACCAGCCUGAAGAGGUGGCUAGGCCCAGACUGGCCAUGUACGAAGCAAUACGGUAUGUCCUCACCGAUGCCAUAAAGAUACUGGGAAUGAUUCCUCUGGAAGUCAUGUAA